UAUUUGGCCAGAUUGAGUUUAGACCGUUUCUCAGCACGGUAACACUAAUUUCCGUGUUAAUAAGGGCAAAAAAAAUACAUAUUUAGUCAAAGAUAGUAAGAUUAUAACGAAAUGGGGUUUGCGAGCAUUGCAAGGCGUUCUGCCAGUCCUAUAUUAGCCCAAUUAAAAUAUCGUUUCCCAACUGCUGCAGCAAGAUAUGACAUACCCAAUUUUCAGCAAACCCUACGUGGAGCUGCAAAAUGGUAUCCUGAUGCAGAAUUUAUGCAACAAUUCAGUGGACCGGUAAUGUACCCGGAUGAUAUUACUUCACUAUGGAAAGUACCUCCAUGGAACAGUAAAGUUAUUCCUGUCGAGAAGUCUGUUCGAAACCUGACUCUAAACUUUGGUCCGCAGCACCCUGCUGCACAUGGAGUACUUCGUCUUGUGCUGGAGCUGGAUGGAGAGACUGUAAUGCGAGCUGAUCCUCACAUCGGUCUGCUUCAUCGAGGAACGGAGAAACUUAUAGAGUAUAAAACGUACACACAAGCGUUACCUUAUUUUGAUCGAUUAGACUACGUAUCAAUGAUGUGCAAUGAACAGUGUUACUCAUUGGCAGUUGAAAAACUUCUGAACAUUGAAGUACCGCUUCGUGCCAAGUAUAUCCGAACUCUUUUCGCUGAAAUUACUAGAAUUCUAAAUCAUAUAAUGGCUGUGGGCACACAUGCUCUGGAUGUUGGUGCCUUGACCCCUUUUUUUUGGCUUUUCGAGGAACGAGAAAAGAUGAUGGAAUUCUAUGAGCGCGUUUCCGGUGCCCGGAUGCAUGCUGCCUAUAUCCGACCCGGAGGUGUUUCAUUGGAUAUACCUCUUGGUUUGUUGGACGAUAUUUAUGAAUUUUCUUCAAAGUUUUCCGAGCGUUUGGACGAAGUAGAGGAUGUGCUAACGACGAAUCGAAUUUGGGUGCAGAGAACCGAAGAUAUUGGUAUUGUGACUGCUGAGGAGGCUCUAAACUUUGGAUUUAGCGGUGUCAUGCUACGUGGCUCUGGAAUUAAAUGGGAUCUUCGUAAACAGCAACCUUACGACGCAUAUAACUUGGUUGACUUCGAUGUACCUAUCGGAACAAAGGGUGAUUGCUACGACCGAUAUCUUUGCCGUGUUGAAGAAAUGCGUCAAUCAUUGCGAAUAAUUGAUCAGUGCCUCAAUCAAAUGCCCUCUGGAGAAAUAAAAACGGAUGAUGCAAAAGUAGCGCCACCAUCGCGUUUUGAAAUGAAGACUUCAAUGGAAGCUCUCAUUCACCAUUUUAAGCUGUUUACUCAAGGCUACCAGGUGCCACCAGGAGCUACAUAUACGGCUAUUGAAGCACCUAAAGGAGAAUUUGGAGUUUACAUAGUUUCGGAUGGCUCAAGCCGUCCAUACCGCUGUAAAAUAAAGGCUCCUGGAUUCGCCCACUUGGCAGCCCUGGAAAAGAUUGGAAAGCAACAUAUGCUGGCAGAUGUCGUGGCCAUUAUUGGCACAUUAGACGUCGUAUUUGGUGAGAUUGAUCGGUAAACACUCAAUACCCUAAUUGUACUACUUAUGGAUAUUAAAAGUUGUAUUAUGCCUGUAA